CAGCCGACCCGCUGACCCGAGCUGCGUGCCCGCUGCCCGGUGCGCCCCUGCGGCCGGCCGGGGGCCGGAACAGCAGCAACAUUCGCAGCAGCGGCAGCGGCGGCCGCGGCCGCUCCGCCGCCGCCGUCUCCGCGGGAGCAUGGAGUGCGCCCUGGACGCCCAGAGCCUGAUCAGCAUCUCCCUGCGCAAGAUCCACAGCUCCCGGACCCAGCGCGGCGGCAUCAAGCUCCACAAGAACCUCCUGGUGUCCUACGUGCUCCGCAACGCGCGCCAGCUCUACCUGAGCGAGCGCUACGCCGAGCUCUACCGGCGCCAGCAGCAGCAGCAGCACCACCACCACCAGCACCACCAGCAGCACCAGCAGCAGCCGCCCCACCACCAGCACCAGCACCUCGCGUACGCCGUGCCGGGCAUGCCGGCCAGCGCGGCCGACUUCGGCCCGCUCCAACUUGGCGGCGGCGGCGGGGACGCGGAGGCGCGCGAGCCGAGCGCCCGGCACCAGCUGCACCUCCAGCAGCAGCUGCACCAGCACCAGCACCCGGCGCCCAGGGGCUGCGCGGCGGCGGCGGCGGCGGCAGCGGCGGCGGCGGCGGCGGCGGCGGCCGGGGCGCUCGCGGGCUGCGCGGGGGCGCUCUCGGAGCUGCCCGGGUGCGCCGCGCUCCAGCCGCCGCCGCACGGCGCGCCCCACCGCGGGCAGCCCCUGGAGCCGCUGCCGCCGCCGGGUCCCGCGCCCCUGGCGCCGCCCGCUCCCGCCGCGCUCUGCCCGCGGGACCCUCGCGCCUCGGCCGCCUGCUCCGCGCCCGCGGCGCCCCCGGGGGCCGCCCCCCCGGCCGCGGCCGCCGCCUCCCCGCCCGCGUCCCCGGUCCCCGCCGCCUCCCCGGGCUUCUACCGGGGCGCGUACCCGGCCCCCUCGGACUUCGGCGUGCACUGCAGCAGCCAGACCACCGUGCUGGACCUGGACACUCACGUGGUGACCACGGUGGAGAACGGCUACUUGCACCAGGACUGCUGCGCCGCCGCCCACUGCCCCUGCUGUGGCCAGGGCGCCCCGGGACCGGGCCCGGCGUCCGCCGCCGCCGGCUGCAAGCGCAAGUAUUACCCCGGCCCGGAGGAGGACGACGACGACGACGAGGACGCGGGCGAGCUGGGGGCCGAGCCCCCCGGGGGCGCCGCGUUCGCCCCGUGCAAGCGCGCCCGCUUCGAGGACUUCUGCCCGGACGCGUCCCCGGACGCGCCCAACAUCUCAAACUUGAUCUCCAUCUUUGGCUCGGGCUUCUCGGGGCUGGUGAGCCGACAGCCCGACCCUGCCGAGCAGCCGCCGCCGCUCAACGGGCAGCUGUGCGCCAAGCAGGCGCUCGCCAGCCUCGGCGCCUGGACGCGAGCCAUUGUCGCCUUCUAGGGACCCCCGAGGGCACGGGGCCCCGGGGCCCCGCGGGGCCGGGGCCAGACAAAGACUCGGCCGAGGGGGCGAGCGGAGGGAGCGAACGGACGCCGGGCCACUCGGGGCCACGCCGGGGCCAGCCAGCCCCGGAUGGAGGCUACUGAU